AUGGCAGACUAUCAGCAGUUAACGCUAGGGAAGCAGCACAAGUAUCCGAUGUGGUCACAGUGUAGAAUUAAAGACUUAGGAUUGGAAAAUCCCGAGAAAACAUCUUUCUCAAUCGCUAUUCCUUCCGGAGAGACCUUUCAUUGUCUAGAUGUAAUCCUUGGAAUGGAUUGGUUGGGUAGAUAUGAGGCAGUAAUAGAUUGUGAGGGGCAAUCUAUAACGCUAAGCGGACCCCGAGGAGAAAAAGUUAAAUAUAGAAAGCUUCCCAAGGACCCAAGUGUAAGUAAAGUGGAGGUGCGGAAGGUUCGAAUUGAUGAUAUACCUGUAGUCCGUGACUUUAAGGAUGUAUUUUCAGAAGAACUUUCAGGCAUGCCACCGAAAAGAGACGUGGACUUUUCAAUUGAUUUGGUGCUUGGGACAGAGCCAAUUUCAAAAGCCCUUUAUCGUAUGGCUCCAAAGGAAAUGGAAGAAUUGAAGGUGCAAUUGGAGGAGUUGUUAGAAAAGAGUCGUGAAGAGCAUCAAGAACAUUUAAGGGUAGUCUUGCAAAUUCUUCGAGAAAAUGAAUUACAUGCUAGGUUUUCAAAGUGCGAAUUCUGGUUAGAACAGGUGGCUUUUCUAGGUCACCUUGUUUCUAAAGAGGGGAUCUUUGUUGAUCCGGCAAAGAUAGAAGCAGUCCGAGACUGGCCUACACCCCGAAAUGUUACGGAUAUUCGAAGUUUCUUAGGUUUGGCAGGAAAAUCGAGGCACUCAGUCUCAGCAUUAAUAACCUCUGAGGAGUUGUGUAAGGAGUUCGAGAGAAUGAGCUUAAAGAUAAUCCAAGAAGGGGAGUUGGAAGCCAAGUUGAGUGCAUUGUCCAUUCAACCUACAUUUUUUGAAGAGAUUAUGGUCAAGAGUGAGCAUAAGAGACCUGCCGGAUUAUUACAACCUCUAGAAAUUCCGGUAUGGAAGUGGGACGACAUUUUUAUGGACUUUGUGUUGGGUUUGCCUCGAACAAGAGCUGGUAAUGAUACUCUUUGGGUUAUCGUGGACAGACUUACUAAGUCGGCAAGGUUUAUUCCAAUGAAUUGUAAGUGGGAUAUGGAACAACUUGCUUGUGCUUAUAUUAAGUACGUGAUUCGUUAUCAUGGAAUACCUCAUACUAUUGUUUCUGAUCAGGAUACUCAAUAUUUGUCACAUUUCUGGAAAUCAUUACAACAAGCGUCAGGGACCACCCUUCUUCAUAGUACGUCCUUCCACCCAAUGACCGAUGGUCCUUAUGACAUUGUGAAGAAAGUAGGGAAGUUAGCCUAUCGGUUAGCAUUGCCUAAUGCUCUAGGUAAGCAUGUCCGGAUAUUGGAUAAGAAGGUCCGUAGUACUCGUCGGAAGGAUAUCACCGUGGUUAAAGUAUUAUGGUCCAAUCACCGCUCACAAGAGGCAACCUGGGAGACGGAAGACUCCAUGCGAGAGCAGUAUCAUCACCUUUUCUCUCAGGAAGUCGAUUCGUGA